AUGGACAUGGACCUGGACCUGGACGGGACUUGGUGCCAUGCCGGCGCUGCUAUGAAAGGUACACCGUACACCUACACACCUCAGAACAAAAGGCAGGUACGGGGUCGGUCGACCUUCUUCGACGUUUCUUACCAUUUUGCCUUCCGCUUGUCUGGACCUGGACCCAUCUUCUUCUUCCCGUCUCCUUCCUUCCUUUCCACAUCACUUCCUCCCUGGCCCAUCUUGACCACCUUCACAAACACGCUCGAUUUCGGCUCUCCAGCUGGCUCCAUUGCUUCCAUUCUCCCUGGUCGCGCGGAUCCGUCGAACCUUCCUCGUCGGUUUCCUACCUACUGGGGUCCCAGCUUCUCACUCGCCCUUUGCUUUUCCAUCGUCUCGUCUCUCACACUCACAUUCUCAUUCAUCUACACCACCACACCUCACUCACUUCACUUCACCUCACCUCACCCAUCACCACCACCACCGCCCACCACGCUCAAACCCAGACGCACAUCUCUACUUCUCCCACAUUCAUAA